ACAGCAGUGUGAAGCUGCAAAAUUGAUAUAUCUGUGUUGCUGGCCUACUGCUAUUGGAUGCGGCAUUGGAAUGACUCGAAUAAGAUGCCACUCCUGGUCAACAGCUAUAUCAAGUCGUGUGCCGUCUCACUGCACGCGGAGUGCCUUUUCAACCUCCAGAUUAUCCCAAGGGCGCCAGAGUUUCAGUGCUUGAGCUGCGGUUCCUCUGAGGACAAGAUUUUGAAAACCAGCAAAGAAAGAGAGCAAAUUCCAACAGGCUAGCAACAAGCCGGCCUUUUGCUCUUUUCUUCCAGGUAUAAACGAAUCCCAAUCUUCCUUUCCCCGCCGUGUUUCCUUUAUUCGUACACGACGAAAGUUGGACAUGACGCAUCCAUCUCUUAUGCAAAAAUUAAGAGCGACCUCGUCGGUGUAAAAGUUUAAUAACGUAGUAAUACCCUAAAGAAUUGCAUGGCAACCAACCACUCGCACCACCACAGCAGAGCACCACACCGUAGGCUGCUCGUUUCAGCGUGUCCAUCGACAUCCUUUGCGCGUCGUUGCCAUCGCGUCGCGGCCUCUCUAAGUCCUGCUGGGUCGUUGCCUUGCAGUUUCGUUCUCUCGGCCAAUCGCAUUCACCUUGCUGCGUCUCAUCCCCAAAACUAUAAAAAGGCUCCAGGUGCUGAUGAGUGCGACUGCGCCCAAGCCUGCUUGUUUCCAGCUCCUGAUCGAUUUCACUGCCAUUUCUUGCUUGCUUUUGAGAGCGUUAGAGCCUUUGUAGCCCGGAGAUGAUCUUCUCCACUUUGUUUCUGCUGUUCUGCUUCACCUGGUCCCUUCGUCUCAAGAGAGUCACCGCUGAAAGCCAUGGAUCGGCAGGAACAGACCAGAACUGCAGCACCUUGGAUCAGGUGAAGGAGAAACUCCAAAAGGUUGGGCUCGAGUCAUCUAACCUUGUAAUCGGGGUGGAUUUCACCAGGAGCAACGAAUGGACAGGGAAGCAUUGUUUCAACGGGAGAAGCCUGCAUCACCUCGGGAACGCUCCAAACCCGUACGAGCAGGCGAUCGGCAUUAUUGGGAGGACGCUGUCAGCAUACGAUGAAGACAACAAGAUCCCAUGCUUCGGCUUUGGGGACACAACGACGCAUGAUCGAAACGUCUUCAACUUCCACAGAGAUGGCCGGGCGUGCACUGGUGUUUCAGAAGCACUGCAGCGAUACAGAGAGAUCGCUCCUCACGUUCGGCUUUCUGGGCCGACAUCUCUAGUUCCGAUCAUAGAAACGGCAACGAGAAUUGUUGAAGUUUCUAGGCACCAGUACCACAUUCUACUGAUCAUAGCUGAUGGGCAGGUUCCGAUGAUUACUGGUGCUCAUUCAGCAAGGUAUCCGGAUGAGACAAGAUCUGUGAACAUCCUUGAAGAAAGGACUCUUCAGGCUCUCAUACAUGCCAGUCAUUUCCCUUUGUCUAUUGUCCUCGUUGGAGUUGGUGAUGUGCCAUGGGAUGAUCGUAUUCACCGCCACGAUAACCGGCGUUUGUUUGACAAUUUCCAGUUUGUGGAUUUCACCGAAAUAAUGUCAAGGGAAAUGUCGCAAGCCGAGAAGGAGGAUCAGUUUGCUCUGGAAGCUCUGAGGAAGAUACCAGCCCAGUACAGCGCGAUAAUCGACAAGUGGAUCCGUGAGCAGGCUGCAAGUGCGCCUCCGGGGACUCCUCUUCCCCCACCUUGCUGAGACGGUUCUGCUAGUGCAGGUGAAGCGCAAAUGGAUGGGGAAUGGAACGGCAGAUGAUGUGCAGCCUGAACUCUGAAGCUUGCUAGUCCCUCCAUUUCAAAUUGUGGGUCAUUUUAGCUUUUCUAGGUGCAUAGAUGUAUAUAUUAUACAAACAUCUAUGCAUCUAGAUAAGACAAAACGACCUAUAAUUUAGGACGGAGGAAGUACCACCUAGAGUUCAGUCAGUUUGAUAGUCGACAUUAGGUUAACCUUAGGUCUCACAUCAGAAUUACCUUGGAUCGACGGUUUUAUGAUUACCUGGAAUAUGCAAAUGUUUUCUCCUCCUCCAUUUUUUCCCCGAUGUGAUGUGAUUUGUAUCAGAUGUGGCAAAUACUAACAACCAUUUCGGGAACUUUGUUUUUUUUUUC